AUGAAUUAUAAUAAUAUUAGUAUCACAGAGAAAUUAAAUCAACAAGAAAUUGACAUGGGAACUGCUGCUCAAAGUUCUUCAGAAAUCUAUACAAGUGAUAGUGAAAAGGGGUUUGCAAUUGAUCAUCACUCUUCUGGUUCACCUGAAUUAGAUGCAGGAGAAAAGUUUGUUCUUGUAUCUCAUGGAUCAUGGUUACACUGUGGUUAUCAUUUGACAACAUCUAUUGUUGGACCUUUGAUUCUUACACUUCCAUUUACAUUCACUCUUCUGGGUUGUUUUGGAGGAAUGAUUUGGUUGAUUCUGGUAGGAGUUAUCACAUUCUAUUCGUAUAAUCUUUUAUCGCUUGUCUUAGAACAUCAUACUUAG